GGAUUGAGUCGCGCGCAUUGGGACUGUGAGAAGCUGAGCGUGCGGUCAGAUACCUCAGCUUGCUGAAUCUGAGGUGAUUAAAAUGUCUUAUUAAAACAGCAACCCUCUUUUAUAAAUACAUGACAAGUCGCUGUUUCCAUUCUUUGACCCGUCGGCAACGUUUAAGAAAACCGAUCGAAGGAAGAUUUUUAAACCUCACAGAGCAGUUUUCCUUGGAAAAGAUUCAUAGACUCGUUCAAACAUUUAAGUGUAAAAUAAUCAACAAAUUCAGCGUUUGUGUUUUCUACUCGCUGCACAGUGCAUGAUCCGAGUCAUCCAGGGAUUCAAAUGGCUUGCUGUCUGAAGGACGAGCUCUUGUGUUCAAUUUGCUUGAGUAUUUAUCAAGACCCGGUCAGUUUUGGCUGCGAGCACUACUUCUGUCGUAAGUGCAUCACUGAGCACUGGAGCAGACAGGAACAUCACGGCGCACGGGACUGUCCAGAGUGCAGGAGGACCUUUGCGGAUCCCCUGUUGUCCCCGAGCCUGAAGCUCUCCAACAUCGUGGAGAGGUACGCCGCGUUCCCUCUGGAUGCCAUCCUCAACGCCCAGAGAAACACAUACCCGUGCAAAGAUCAUGAAAAGGUCAAGCUCUUCUGUCUGAGCGACAAGAGCCUUGUGUGUUUCUUCUGCGAUGAGCCUGCUUUGCAUGAACAGCACCAGGUGACGACUGUGGAUGAGGCCUAUGAGGAAAUACAGAGAGAGAUGAAGGAGCAGCUGGCAACCCUACAGGACAGUGAGAAGGGUCACACAGAAGCUCUACAGCUACUACAGAGGCAGCUCACAGAAACCAAGUCAUCAGCAAAGAGCCUUCGUGCCACAAUCGGCGACGCGUUCGAGCGGCUGCAUCGUUUCCUCCGGGAACGACAGAAGAGCAUGCUUGAAGAACUGGAGGCGGAUACGGCUCGCACCCUUUCCGACAUCGAGCACAAGAUCCAGCGCUACAGCCAGCAGCUCCGUGACGUCAAGGAAGGAAUCCAGAUCCUACAGGAGCGACUUGGCGAAACCAGCCGUCACGAGUUCUUGGAAGGAAUAGCUUUCACUUCUGACAGGGAGCAAGUCAUUCGUGGAGGGUAUUGCUGGUGGAAACUAACAAGAAUCAAAGGGAAGAUCCAUGAAACGAAUUUGACGUAUGAAGACUUCCCUACAUCCAAAUAUAUGGGCCCACUGCAAUAUACCAUUUGGAAGUCUCUUUUUCAGGAUAUCUCGCCAGUGCCUGCUGCUUUAACCAUGGACCCCAUCACAGCCCAUCAGAGGCUCAUACUGUCAGACGACUGCACCAUAGUCGCUUACGGAAACCUUCAUCCGCAGCCGCUCCAGGAUUCGCCGCGCCGUUUCGACGUAGAGGUCUCCGUCCUCGGGGCCGAAGGCUUCUCCGGAGGCAUUCACUACUGGGAAGUAAUGGUGUCUGAAAAAACCCAAUGGAUGAUCGGCUUGGCCAACGAGACGGUCAACCGCAAGGGAAGCAUUCAAAUCCAACCCGGCCGAGGCUUCUACUGCAUCGUCAUGCACGACGGGAAUCAGUACAGCGCUUGCACCGAGCCCUGGACGCGCCUCAACGUCAAGAGCAAACUCGAGAAGGUGGGCGUCUAUCUGGACUACCCCAAAGGUUUGCUGGUUUUCUACAACGCUGACGACAUGUCUUGGCUUUACACAUACCGCGAGAAGUUUCAAGCCAAACUCUUUCCGUACUUCAGCCCCGGUCAAAGUCACGCUAACGGAAAAAAUGUGCAGCCCUUGCGAAUCAACACCGUUCGUUUAUAGGAACUGAGUCGGCACAACUAGGAAAACUAUGAUAAACUUAAUUCUUUUAGCUUAUUUAAAGGUUCUUGAGAGAGAGUGGAGGGGUAUAAAAUGAAGUUAUCACGCUGAUGGAUGUCUUGUUGGGCUCUGUGAAUGCCUGGAGUGGGAAAUAAAAUGAAGGGCCUUGCACUUUUCCGAGAGACGUGCCUAUGGGCGUUUGGUACAUUUUAGUGUCACUGGUCAUUUGUAAUCUUGCCAUGGCCUUCUUGCUUGCCCAAGAUUUCCGAGCUGCUUGCACACAAUACCCCGGUUUAUAUCCCCUGAGCCCCUGCCGCGUUCAAACGCUCCGACUUUCAAGGCUCUGGGAAAGAGCUUAUCCGAAAUAUAAAAUGUGUUUUGCCGUUUCAUUUUGUGCAAAUAGCUUUGGCGUUUUUGUGGAGUGUGUUGUGCGUUUUACUGCUACCCUGCCUGAUAUUUUGACACGGGUUAACCCUUGAGACCAAUGAGGUGGUGCGGUACCAAUUGCUUUUCUCCUGUUAGCUGCAUGAAUGAUGAUGGGGAUAUUGUGUUUCUUAGAUCACGUUAAAUGUGACGUGUUUGACUUUGCAGGUGUCCUGCAGUAAUCGAACCCCAAACUAUCAGUCGUCUUAGUACUUACGUUGUGUUUUUGUGUGUGAUUGUGUGUGCCGUUAGGUUUGUCGACAUUGAUGACUCCCUGACUUGGCUUGGCUUUAUUUCCUACAACAAUCAGGGCAGUGCGGAAGUUACUCGUAUGCCACUAAUGUAUCCGCUGCUAUGUUAAAGGGUCGUGGCUUUGUGUAUUUUUAUAUAUGGAGGGUGAUAGCUUCAUCUUCAAUAAAUGCAUCCCUCAUUUCUUUUAUUUAUUCAUUCUGCUCUCUAAAACAUUCCAGUGUUCAGGGUUUUCUGCCGCUAUUUGGACGUUUCAUGAGGACCCUGAGUUAAACCGGUUAACCUUAACACAUCUCAUCAGGUGAUAGUUGUGCGACGUGACAUUUCCAUCAAAAAACGGUGCAUCCAUUCUUCUGUAAAAAAAAGUGUUAGAUUAGUUUUGAAAUAAAAUUUUAAUUUCCUUGUAAAUACUGAGCCCAGUUUUUAAAAAUCAAUGCUAUUUUACAGUGCAUAUAUAUAUAAAUAAAUAUAGUUUUAAAUGGGAAUACUUUAUUUAUGUCUCCGAAUGCAUAUGUAAAUGGUCCUCGAUUCCAGUGAGUAUGAACACUAAUUGAUAUUUUGUAAGCUUGGUUAUCCGUUUUGGCCAGACUUUCACGAAUCUCUCGAGUUUCACGAGUCUUUCCCAUUUUCUUGUUUCUGCCAAUGGAGCGAUGCAUCCUGGUGGGGAAAAUCAUUUUUCACUUCAAAUCAAAUUCAGAUUUUUUCUGGACAUGAACUGUUCCACUUCUGUUUGGUUAUGAUGUAUCUGCGUGUUUUGUUAUUUGUGGUGUUUUAAGGGUCAAGGCAGUGUUUCAGUCGGGACCUCAGUGAGGUCUGUAGCACACAGGGUUGCUUCUUGUGUUACGUGAAGCAGUCAGAUUAUUAUUAUUAUUAUUGUGAGGUGGUGGUGAUGGGAUUUUUAAGAUAUUUAAUCACACAUUAUUGAGGAUUGUUGAUGGAUAAAAUGAUGAUGAGGACUCGAGUGUUUGGAUGGAAGCUGCUUUGUUUCAUUGUUGUGUAAAUGCGCUCUGGUAAGCUCUUUCUGCUAGAGGUUCAUGGACAAAAUGUUUUAAAUGUUCAAUUAAAAAAUGCCAAACCCAAAAA